CCAGGCCAUCAGAGAAACAUAACAAUGAAGUUAUUAGGUUGGAUGCACCGUAAGUUCCGUCAGAACAGCAGCGACCUACUCAAAGAUUUUGCCAUUGGGAAUUCUUGUACUUGUCUUACAGGGCAGGCUUCAGUGGAUGACCAACACUGCUACUCAAAGGCAAAUUAUGGGAAGCAAUGUCAAAAAGAGCAGCUUCGAAAGUCUUUUGGUGGAGUUGAGUCAGCAAAAGGAGAAGAAGAAGAGGAGUACGAAGAUGAAUCAGUGUCUGAGCUAUUCCACGGGUUUCUUGCGAUCGGUACUCUUGGCAAUGACCCAAUAUCAACCCCAACAUUCGCCAUCUCCGUCGAUAACAUCACGGAGAGGGAAACAGAAGUUACAGAGAGUGAGCUGAAGCUGAUCAACGAUGAGUUGGAGAAGGUUCUUGGAGGUGAGGGUCAAGAUCAUGAAUACUCAUCUGGGAGAAACAGUCAUGUUAGCACCGGGAGAAGCAGCCACGGAAGCAGCAUCACACUGAGUGGAAAAGCAAUGGAAGGUGGUGUAGAGAGUACAGUGUGCCCACUUCAGGGAUAUCUUUUUGGGUCAGCCAUUGAACUCUCGGAAACAACUGCAUCAGUUGCAAAGAAAGAGCAUAGGACGUCGCUGGGGGAGCUCUUCCAGAGGACUAAAAUAGCAGAGGAUCACAACAGCGGAUCGGGAGGAAAGUGGGACAAAGAGGAAAAACGAGCAACCGAUAAAGAAGCAGAUAAAUCCGCUGUGCAUAUCAUGAAAAAGAUGCUCAAGAAGAAAAUGCUCCAGGCCUCCAGGACCUCCACUAACGAUUCAGCUUCACAAGAGACAAAACUGCACAAGAUCUUGCAGAUGUUCCACAGGAAAGUUCAUCCGGAAAGCUCAACAUCACUCCAAAAGCACGGCAAAGCGGGGAACAACAAGAAGAACAUGUGGCUUGAUGGUGCAAACGACGUCGUAGCGCGGCAGAUGCUCCUGCAGGAUGAGGACGUAGCCACACUUCCAACAAGAAUUAUUUCAAAGGAGCCGAUAAGACGCAACAAGAGCCAGUCAAACCCAUCUCAGUUUACUCUUACCACAACCGACUCAAAUGGCAACAGGGAGUACUGGAUCAGAACUGAUGCAGAUUACUUGGUAUUGGAGCUCUAGAAGAUUGGCAUGAGGCAAGGCAAAAAUGGAUCCAAUACAUACAUAUGUGUGUACGCUUUUUAGCAUAAUGUAAAUUUUUUAAGGAUUGUUCCUACAAGUUUACUGAUAAGCGAGUUGUA